UUCGUCCAAAGCGGACUUGAGUAGUAGAGACUCGUCGCCGCCGUUGCCGUCGUCCUCGUCGUUUGUUGUAGUCGAACCGUAGCAGCCGGACGGAUCGAGGCCGAAGAGGACGGUAUCUCAGCCGAACGUCGGGAUAUUAAAAAACAAACACACACGCACGGAAAGCGCGCGGCGGAAAGUUCGAGCGGAAGAAACGUCGAGAUCAACGGGGAAUUCGUUGGUGUGAAUUUCUCGCAAGCGGCAGUGAAGAGCUCACGCACGCACGCACCUUCCUCACCUCUGCAUAUCCACGUCGAGUGAGCGCUUGUCAGGCCGAGAAACGACGAUUGAGAGACAACCGAGUCGAUCAACCGUCGAGCCGAGAAAAACCGUCGAAAUUAGUCGUUAUCAGAGAAGCCUGUCGGGAAAGAAGAGUGAUAAGGGAGACAUGAUGGCAGUCGCAGCCGCCCAGAAGAACCGUGAGAUGUUCGCCAUCAAGAAGUCCUACAGUAUCGAGAACGGAUAUCCAGCCCGACGACGUUCUCUCGUGGACGAUGCCCGUUUUGAGACGCUGGUCGUCAAGCAGACGAAGCAAAGCGUGCUCGAGGAAGCUCGACAACGGGCAAAUGACACGAACGUCGAUCAGACAAUCACUUGCGCUCAAGACGAACAGGGACAGGGAGAGCAUUACGCCGACGUUUCAUCGAGCGACGACGAACAGAUGGAAUCGCUGGUUUACGCGGCGAAGAAACAAGAAGCGAAAGCUGAGGCCUCGUCGGACAGUGACGGGAAACCGGAUGACGAUUACGACGACGAUGCCGGGCUAACCGAGGAAGAGGUGGUGCUCGCGAAGACCAUAACCGAGUCACCGGAGAGCGAGCACAGCGUUCAGAAGGCGGCGCUGGUGUUGCGAUUGCGGGAGGGCAUCGGCUCCUUGGGCAGGAUCCUGAAGACCAUCGAGAACUUCAAGGGCACGGUCACUCACGUGGAGUCGCGGCCUUCGAAGAAAGAGGGUGUGCAGUUCGAGGUGCUCGUCAAGGUCGACAUGAGCAGGCAGAGCCUGUUGCAGCUGAUUAGGAAUCUGCGACAGAGCUCGGCCUUGGACGGCGUGACCCUGCUCGCCGACAACUCCGUCAGCAUCAAAGAUCCCUGGUUCCCCCGUCACGCCUCCGACCUCGACAACUGCAACCACCUGAUGACCAAGUUCGAGCCGGACCUCGACAUGAAUCAUCCGGGCUUCGCCGACAAGGAGUACCGCGCCCGGCGCAAGGUCAUCGCCGAGAUCGCCUUCGCUUACAAGUACGGCGACCCGAUACCCAGCAUCCCCUACACCGAGACGGAGAACGAGACCUGGUCGCGCGUCUUCAACACCGUGCUCGACCUGGUGCCGAAGCACGCAUGCGUCGAGUAUCAGAGAGUCUUCAAGAAGCUGCAGGAGGAGAGGAUCUUCGAGUCCCACCGUAUCCCGCAGUUGCAGGAUGUCAGCGAUUUCCUGAAGAAGAACACGGGAUUCACCCUCCGGCCGGCCGCUGGUCUCUUGACGGCGCGGGACUUCCUGUCUAGCCUCGCCUUCAGGAUAUUCCAGAGCACCCAAUACGUCCGCCACAUCAACAGCCCCUACCAUACUCCCGAGCCGGACUGCAUCCACGAGCUGUUGGGUCACAUGCCGCUCUUGGCCGAUCCCAGCUUCGCGCAGUUCUCGCAAGAGAUCGGCCUGGCGUCUCUCGGUGCCUCGGACGAGGAGAUCGAGAAGCUGUCGACCAUUUAUUGGUUCACCGUCGAAUUCGGUCUCUGCAAGGACGGCUCCGAGGUCAAGGCUUACGGUGCUGGCCUGUUGUCGUCCUACGGCGAGCUGUUGCACGCGUUGAGCGAUAAGUGCGAGCUCCGAGCCUUCGAUCCGCCGAGCACCGCUCUCCAGAAGUACCAAGAUCAGGAAUACCAGCCGAUAUAUUACGUGGCCGAGAGCUUCGAGGACGCAAAGGAGAAAUUCCGUCGCUGGGUGUCCACCAUGAGCCGGCCGUUCGAGGUCAGAUUCAAUCCGCACACGCAGCGCGUCGAAGUCCUCGACAGCGUCGACAGGCUGGAUGGUUUGAUGGCCCAGCUCAACACCGAGAUGACCCACCUCACAAACGCCAUCAGCAAAAUCAAGGCAUCCUUUGCGUAAAAACGAGAGCUCCCUCGCGUCUUCGCUGUACCGAUUCGGUUAUUCCUCCCGCGAGCCGCCGAUCCCCGAGGCCGAUCGCGUCUAUCGACCGAUUUAGACUAAACGAUCUUCCUAGAACUGUUCGAUGACAAUAACUUUUGAGAGUUUGCCAGACGGUGAUCAAUAAUGAACGAAAACGCGUUUCUCUUGGAAAUUACAGUAGGACAGUAGGCCUCUGUUAAUAAUGGCACAUUUCGAAAGCUUGUCGUCUUUAUCAGUGGCUUUAAAAUAAUUAAGAAACAGACGAUCGCGAGAGAUAUUUGUUUCAAGUGUGUUCAACUGUGUCGAAGAGCUUCGGCUUGCGGGUUUCGGUGGAGCACGUAAUCUCAUCGUCACCUUCGUCGCGCGCGCAUCAACUCGUCCCUCACUCUAUGUAUAAAGUCGUCCCAUUCAUGUCGCACGCGUACACGUGUGUCCGUCAUCUUUUUUACGUUCGUCGAGAUAAUUGUUCGUUUCGGAUGUAUCGACCAGGCAUCCGUGGCUGAAGUAAUUCGUGAUACGAUGUCUACUUUCGAGCACAUUCUCAUGAAGUGUUAAAUGGACGCUAAAGACCGUGAUCAUGAAAAAUUAUCUUCAUAUAAACUAGAUAAUCGUUUGUUUCGGUUGUGUAAUUAGACAUCUGUCGAUGAAGUAAUUAACGAUAGCCCGAUAUUCUCGAGCACGUUUCCACGAGGUGUUAAACGGACGCUGAAGAUUAAACGCGAAGAAUGAUCUUCGUAUAAACAAGAUAACAUACCGUUCUCGUUUCUCUUUCUCUCGCUGAUGACUACACGUACACCCGUGCGAUCUUCACAUUACUAUUAUUAAUUAUAUUAUUAUUAUUACUUUGUUCUCUAUUCCACAUGAUAUUGUAUUAUUACAAUUAGCAUAUCACGCAUAGAUUCGCUUAAUCCAGCAAACACUGGCAUCUGCCCCGAUGUAUCGUAGUACAGUUCACGUUUAGCAAAGCUGUAUCGCGAGGUGAUCGUCGCCAUAGAUUUUACCGUAGUCACUGAACUCUUCGUAGAACUCGCGGGAUCGACUUCUCGUUGUUCAUCGUUCGAUAGAACUCGUUGUUCGCGGCCGUGAACACACAGUAUUUCCCUCUCGUCACAAGUGAAUCAACAUAUCGUGGCUGUACGGAGUCGGGCAGUCCUCCCGGACUAGCCGACGAAGACAUUCAUCGAUUCUCGCACGAGUUACAACGAGUGUCUUCAUCGGCCCGUCGCACUUAAUUUAGAAUUUGAACGUGUAUAGAAGUAAACAGUAUUCCGUAAAGAAUAUUCUUAAGUUGUGUUCUUACUUAGGUAGUCUCCGUAUAUAGGCGCCGUAUAACUCCCCUUCGGGCUCCUCGGAAAUUCAUAGUUCCCGAGCAGUUCUCCGGGCGGUAACGAGGAGCUACGUUGCUUUAGAGAGGCACUGUUUAGCGAAUAGUGCGAGUCCCCACGCUUCGCCCACGUUGUGCUGUCCCUAUCGCUAUCGAGACUCGUGCGGAAACACCUUCUCGUAUGUGCGCGCAACCCACCCCACUCUAGGUCGUAGUAAAAGCGAUCGAUACACAUGACACGUUUCCUUUGUAUUAUAUUGUAAAGUAUUCAGAGCAUAAUAAAAAAUUAAGAUAUGGAUCUUA